GUGCUGCCUUUUGUGUGUCUCGUGAGCCCGUAGACACCGCCCCUCCGGAGGGCGCAGCGGGACCGUCGGGAAGCGGCUGUCGGUGAAAUCUACGGGCUGUAAACAGAACUCGGCCGCACCACCAUGUACAGAGAAGACUCGAUUACCGAGCGGCGGUGUUCCGCUCUGCCGGUGCCAACGCUCACCAUGUAGCCCGACUACUACGUCUGCAGCCCGCGACUGUUCCGACGGUUGGUCUGUGACCGACUACCGAGACCUGUCACCGCCCUGCUCCGUGCUAUCGCAGGUACAUUAACGCUACGGUUGUCACAAUGGUCGCCGCCGAGUGAACUGUUCACCCAGCGCGGCCCGCCGACGGUUAGCAAACCGCCCACAUCGGUCGCGUGUUCGCGCCGCCAGCUCCUGUCGCUCCGGGCGGCACUCGAACAUGGCAUCGCCCGCAGAGCACGACCUGGCUCUGUCGGAAGCCGACGGCAGCAAGGAGAAGGCUCAGGUGUUCGGCAUUCUGAGGCUGCAGGAAGAGAAGGCUGCUGCUGGCGACAGGGCGAACAGUAGCGGCGCCGCGAGGGCAGCAGGAGGAGCCGACGGGCGAUGGCAGGCUCCCAUCUUCGCUCUGGCCAGGAAAGCAUCCGAGACCAUUUCGGGGAGCAUUCACGUCCUGCCCAAAGUGUCGGAGCACAGGGCGUCUCUGCCCGGGGAAUGGACCGCCCAAGCCCUGCGAGACCCGAUGGCCAUGGAGCGAGCCAACCUGCUCAACAUGGCCAAGCUGAGCAUUAAAGGCCUGAUUGAGUCAGCCCUGAGCUUCGGACGCACACUGGACUCCGACUACCCGCCCCUACAGCAGUUUUUUGUCGUCAUGGAGCACUGUCUCAAACAUGGCCUCAGAGUGAAGAAAUCCUUUCUGGGCUUUAACAAGUCCCUGUGGGGUCCUCUGGAGCUGGUGGAGAAACUGUGUCCUGAAGCAGCAGAGAUUUCAGCCUCUGUACGAGACCUGCCGGGGCUUAAGACUCCUUUAGGCCGGGCCAGGGCGUGGUUGCGUCUGGCGCUAAUGCAGAAACGGUUGGCUGACUAUCUACGACUCCUCAUCACCAGAAAAGACCUGCUCAGUGAUUUCUAUGAGAAUUCAGCGCUGAUGCUUGAGGAGGAGGGCGCGGUGAUUGUGGGCCUGCUGGUGGGUCUGAACGUCAUCGACGCCAACCUGUGUGUCAAAGGCGAGGACCUGGACUCUCAGGUCGGGGUGAUCGAUUUCUCCAUGUACUUGAAAAACGACAUCGAUGAUUACAGGAGUGAAGAGAGGAAUAGCCAGAUUGCAUCCAUCUUGGAUCAGAAGAACUAUGUUGAGGAACUGAACCGACAACUCAACUCCACAGUCCAUGGUCUCCAGGGCAGAGUCGAUUCUCUGGAAAAAUCCAACUCUAAACUCAUAGAGGAGUUAGCCAUAGCCAAGAACAACAUCAUUAAACUGCAGGAAGAGAACCAUCAGCUGAGGAGUGAAAACAGCCUCAUUGUGCUGAAGGCACAACAACAUUUAGAGGUAGCGCAUGGUGAUGUGUCGGUGGAGAGAGACACAUACAAACAGUCUCGUCAGGGUUUGGAUGAGAUGUACAAUGAGGCUCGGAAACAGCUGAAGGAGGAGUGUCAGCUCAGACAGGAUGUGGAGAACGAGUUGGUAGUCCAGGUGUCAAUGAAACAGGAAAUGGAGCUGGCCAUGAAACUCCUGGAGAAAGAUAUUCACGAAAAACAGGACACACUGAUUGGCCUGAGACAUCAACUGGAUGAUGUCAAGGCCAUCAAUGUAGAGAUGUACCAGAAGAUGCAGGUACAGUCGUCAGAUGAGGAGAUGAAGAAAAAGAACGAUGUGAUCAGUCGCUUGGAGGAAAAGACCAAUCAGAUCACUGCCACCAUGAAGCAGCUGGAGCAAAGAUUACAGGAGGCAGAGAGGCAUCGCACGUCGGCCGAGGAGGGAACCAGACGCUUCAAGCUGGACUUUGCCAACAAGGCGGAGAGCCUGCAGCGGCAGAUCGAAAACAGAGAACGGCAACUCCAGCAGCUGGAGACAGACCUAAAGAUAGAAAGGGAGUGGAGACAGACGUUACAAAACGAUCUGCACAGAGAGAGAGAGACGGUGAAUCAGCUCAGCACAGAAGCGCUGCAGAUCAACGGACUAAAAAAGGAGUUCCAUCGUCUCCAGGAUGAAAACAUGCAGCUGAAGACCAUCUGUGAAGACCAAGAACAAGCCCUUGAGGAAUUAGGCUCCAAACUCAGCGAAUCAAAACUGAAGAUUGAGGACAUCAAGGAGGCAAACAAAGCUCUUCAGGGGGGCCAGGUUUGGUUGAAGGACAAGGACGCCAGCCACUGCAAACUUUGUGAGAAGGAGUUUUCCAUCUCGAGGCGAAAGCACCAUUGUAGGAACUGUGGGGAGAUUUUCUGUAACAGUUGCUCUGACAAUGAGCUUCCUCUGCCCGCCUCACCGAAACCAGUCAGAGUGUGCGACACCUGCCACGCCCUCCUCCUCCAGAGAUGCUCGUCUAAUCCAACGUGAGGGAGUCCCACGCUGCGGUCAGGACAGAGAUCACACUCUCCAGUCCAUCUGUAAGACCAACUUAUCUGAACAGUGUUUGCUGCCAGGAAUGGACCGUGUGCAUGAAUGUGAAGGCCACUUGAUCGGUCUGAUUCCAUGUUUAAGAAGGAGGCAUCUCAAUGCAACAGUCAUUUAGGCUUCAGGCCUUUCAUUUGUUUGAUGUUACUUUUUUGACUACACACAGUCUGCUGUGUGAAACCUUCAAUCAGUUUACUUCUCAGGCCAAGAUCGCUAACUUGAUUUUGACUAGUUGGAAAUGGUAAGAGUCUGCUUCAGUAUCAUAAACAAUCAUGACAUGCCUCUGUCCAAUCAGUUGAUAAAUAUUAAUCAGUUAUACAGAUUAAACCACGUAUUUACCGUGAAUGUAGAAAUCAAUGCCCCUGAAAGAAUCAAUUGGCUUUGACUCAAUCCAAGUGUUACACUAAUAUGGCUGAGAAAGCACAUGACUGAGAAACUCAAUAUAAUAAAACUAAGUUAAAACUAAAUAAAGGAAACAGCCUAACUGGUUAGAAAAGGAGGAACAACUUCACAUGAAAUGAAAGAGAAACUGCACUGAUGAGCACUGCUGCAGCUUAAUGCACAUGUUCUUUCUUUUUUCUCUCAGCCAAACCUACAGUCACAUGACGUGUUGCAUUAUAAUAAUGCAUGCAUCAAGCAGUGAGUGUAUAGCCAAUAAGAUGAGAUUACAUAAUUUAUACCCACAGUUUUGUGGCCUUGUUACUGUUGAGUCUGACUCCAAAUCACCACCUUUGAUCCGGAGCGACACAAACUGGCACAAAGACUGAAUUAUCUUGACAGGAUGAAUUCAACUUUGAACUGGUUAUAAUCUCUAAAAAUGAAAUUUCUCAUUUUCUUCUUUUCAUGUUUUAAGUGCAGUUGUUUAACAGAAGCAUCACGAAAAAUAUUUUGUACCGGCCAUCAUGGUGGACCUCAGGAGAAAAGUCUUGCUAGACAGAUCUACAACCUCAAAACAUUCAGUGUGCAAAGAGACACUUUGCUGCAAACUAGAUCCAGGAACAUUCAUUGCUCAAAAAGGUUUAAUUCUGUUCACUAGACUAGUUCCCCAUAAACACCUUAACAAAGGAACUACUUUUUCUUUUUUUUUUACAUUGUUAAACGUUGGUGCCAUUUGUGCCUGUGUACCAAAAUGCAAUGAAUAUUACUUACCAGAACGAGCCCUGUGUUUUUACAGAAAGGAUUUCUGUAGAGAUAAUAACAGACUGCAAUAACUGAAGCAACACUAGCUUAUACUAGCCAAGCAAGUGGGCUAGAUAAAGGCACAUUUGACUUUUAUUUUGGAGAAACUAAUGCAGUUGAUGCUGCUUAAAGGACCAAGAGUAGCAACAGAUGCCAACAUCACGUCUUUGGUAACUGAUCCAAAUCUGUCAAUCUGAUGUCUAACUCACGACGUGACCACUUCCGUGGCUAGUUAGUGGCUGUCCAGAAAAUACUUGAGUUACAAGCCUGUGACUUAGCCACAAAGUACAUUUGAACACUUUUUCCAAUUAUACAGUAUAUUACCUGUGAUAUAGAUGAUUUUAAAUGAAUUAUAAUUUAUCUUGUAUUAAACUAAUUUGUUUUUCCUAUCAUGAAUCCAGGGAACUUGACCCUGUUAAAUUUGAGGUUGGACGCAGAUUUCGGAAGGACCACAUUUUACUAUUGCUCCAUCUCUGAGAAGGGAAGUUUAAAACUCUAAACCAUUUUUUGUUCCUUUAUCUUAAAUCCCGAUUGAAAGAUUCGAGACACGCUUGUUUUGAAUCUAAUGCUGGUGACUGCUCUCCCGUGAGGGGUCAUGAGUUCCACUGCACAUACUGUUUUUUUACUUGAAUACGAUGUUUACAACCUGUGAAUUGUUGUUAAAGAACUACAAGUAUUCAUUCCCAUGAAGAGAUAAAACAGGCCUGGGUUGAUUUCAAUAAGUAUUUUUGCUUGUUUCAAUUAUUUAUAAACCACCACAUAUUCAUCGUUUAAUUAUAAAAAGUUCGACAGGGAAAUGCUUCUGAGGCGGACCCAGGCCUGAAACACUUUGUACAGUGUUGCUCUCCCAGCUUUCAGUGGGACUUGUACAGUGUCGAUACGACUAUGUUGUAUAUACGUAAUGUUGAUAAUCACUGUGGCCCUUUAGCUUACUAAAUCCUGCCAGUUUAAUAUCAGCUCUAUUGCCAACAGUGUGUUGCCUUGACUGUAUAUCAGAUUCAGAUUAAAUCAAGUUACAGAAUGAA